AUGUCGUCGGCGCUCUAUGCCAUGUCCGGCUUGUGCAUCAACUUUUCAAAGGCUUUCGGCAUUACCUCAGCUGCGAAUCCCAGCGAGGUCGCCAACUUUAUAUCUUUCGUCUACCUGACAGCUGGCGUCGGAUCCGCCCUGUCAUUCUUCAUCAACGAUCGAAUCGGACGCCUUUGGUCACUGCGACUCUACUUUGCUAUUUGGAUUAUCGGUCAGCUCAUUGCAACAUUCUCUUAUGGAAACAAGGGUGCUCUAUAUACCGCCCGCUUCGUUUCUGGAUUUGGCAUCGGACCUUUGACCGUCACAGGCCCUAUGUCGAUUGUUGAGAUUGCACCGACUGAGAUCCGCGGCCUCUUGACCGUAUGGUUUAGUGUUGUUAUGCUCCUAAGCUUGACUGUCAGUACCUUGACCGUAUAUGCUUGCUUCCUCCACCUACCUGCCUCUCAUCUUCAAUACCAACUGGUUUGGUUCCUUCCAACUAUCAUCUGCGGCAUCAUCAUCGCUGCAAGCUUCUUUUGUGCCUGCGAGUCCCCACGAUGGCUCAUGCUGGUUGACCGUAAGGAAGAAGCUGUCAAGACCCUCGUUACUCUCAGAGGUCUGCCAGCUCACCACCCCCGCGUCGCCGGAGAAAUUGCAGACAUUGAGCACCAGAUUCAAGCUGAGAAGUCACGAUAUGCUUCAGGGGGCGGGUUGAAGGACAUCCUGAGAGAGACCUUUAUGGUGCCUGGAAACCUUCGGAGAGUUCAUCAAUCUUUGAUCUCGUACCUUUUGGCUCAACUGUCUGGUGCAAACUCUGUUACCAGCUAUCUGGUGCCGAUUCUCUCGUUGAUGGGAAUAAAUAGCGCUCAUGGCAAUAACCUAUUCCUGUCUAGUAUGUACUCCUUGUCUAAAUUCUUCUACACACUCAUCGCCUCCUUCUUUUUCAUUGAUGCUCUGGGCCGUCGGAAGUCUCUCUUCAUUGGAAUUACCAUUCAGUUGAUUUCUGAUGUCUACCUCGGAGCCUAUAUCAAAAGUCACCAGGACGGUUCUGUCGCUCCAGGUGCUUCCACCGCCGCGAUCGCAGCCAUAUUCGUUCAUGGAUUCGGCUAUGCUGUUGGCCUCCUCGUUCUUCCAUAUGUCUUUGGGGCAGAGCUCUGGCCUAAUAGCAUUCGAUCGUUUGGCUCGGCCCUCAGCCAAACCUUUCACUGGCUGUUCUAUUUCGGUAUCAACCGGGCAACCCCUUCGAUUCUCUCUAGUAUGCACAAUUGGGGAGCCUUCAUUUUCUUUGCAGGAUGGUGUCUCGUAGCACUUGCCUAUGUCUUCAUUGCUGUCCCUGAGACUGCAGGGUUACCUCUCGAGCACAUAGACGCUUUGUUCGAGUGUCCGUGGUGGCAAAUUAGAUCAAAAGCCAAGACGCUCCAUAUCACUACAAUUUCGGGCUCAAUCGUUGAUGAGGAGAAGUGA